AGGGUGCUGACGUCAGGUCUCAUUUGCAUACAUCGCCCCGCCCCUCGCGGAUACGUCAUCCGGGCUCUGCACCCGCCGGGGCGGCGCUGCUGCAGUCGCUGCGGGAGGAGGCGGCGCGAGCGGCUGGAGAUGGCGUCCGCUACCGACUCCCGCUAUGGGCAGAAGGAAUCCUCGGAUCAGAACUUCGAUUACAUGUUCAAGAUCCUGAUCAUCGGCAACAGCAGUGUGGGGAAAACCUCCUUCCUGUUCCGGUACGCCGAUGACUCCUUCACACCCGCCUUCGUCAGCACCGUUGGCAUCGACUUCAAGGUCAAGACCAUCUACAGGAACGACAAGCGCAUCAAGCUGCAGAUCUGGGACACAGCCGGGCAGGAGCGGUACCGCACCAUCACCACCGCCUACUACCGUGGUGCCAUGGGCUUUAUCCUGAUGUACGACAUCACCAACGAGGAGUCCUUCAACGCCGUGCAGGACUGGUCCACCCAGAUCAAGACCUACUCCUGGGAUAACGCCCAAGUCCUGCUGGUGGGGAACAAGUGUGACAUGGAGGACGAGCGCGUUGUCUCCUCGGAGAAGGGCCGCCAGCUCGCCGAGCACCUGGGUUUUGAGUUUUUCGAGGCCAGCGCCAAGGACAACAUCAACGUCAAACAGACCUUCGAGCGGCUGGUGGACAUCAUCUGCGAGAAGAUGUCGGAGUCGCUGGAUACGGCCGACCCGGCUGUCACCGGCGCCAAGCAGGGUCCCCAGCUCACGGACCAGCAGGCCCCCCCGCACCAGGACUGCGCCUGCUAGGGGCAACCCCCCCAUCCCAAAAACCGGUCAGUGCACCCCCUCCUCUCCUCCCUCCUCCCGCUGAGCCCCUCUUCUCGGGGGGUCCCGUGGGGGCUUUUGCUGCUGAUACCUCCGAAAGGGCUGCAGCCCCUCUAGGAGACCCCCCCCCCAAUUCAGUUAGGCUGUGCCCUCCCCCUAAUUUAUUUUUAAGCCUGGGCUAGUAGAACCCCCCCCGUGUUCUGCUUUAGCUGCUCCACAAGCCCCCCUCUCCGGGACCAUCACUUUCCGUCUGCUCCCAUCGCCUCCGUUCCUGCCCCUCUCCCGUGUGGGGCUGCAACGGGACCCCCCCCAAACCUCACACAUUCCCCCCUGGGACUCCCCGUGUCCCCCUCCCCAGCCUGGUGGAGUUUCCCCCCUGCCCCGAGAGCUCCUGGGGGCUCCUUGUGCCCGGCUCUCCCCCUCCCCACAUGGAUGGAUAUUUCCUAACUCUUGUUUAUUUGUAUAAAUAGAUGCUAAUUUAUGCUCCCGCCGUCUUCCUCCUUGUACAUAAGAACGAUCUCCUUGUAAAUAGGCGUAGGAAGUGACGCUGUGCGCGUGACCUGCUGUGCUGUGGCCGUGGUGGUGCAUUGAGUUUCUUUUCCUCCGUGUGGUAACCUUGCUUGUGAAUAUCUCUUUUAAAUAAGGAAAAAAAAAAAAUAAUCUAUUAUUUAAAGGUUUAAAACACAAAAAUACAAUACCUGAGCGAGGCAGCCAAGCGAGCCGUAGCCAAUUAGCCCAGGUUUGGGGAUCUUUGCGGAGCCCCUGGUUUUGGCUCCUGUAGCUUUGGUUUCAGCUCCUGGAGCUUCAGUUUCAGCUCUCGGAGCUUCGGUUUUGGCUCUGAGCGCCUCAAUUUUGGCUCUUGGAGCUUCAGUUUUGGCUCUCAGAGCCUCAGUUUUGGCUCUCAAAGCUUUGCAGUUGGCUAAUUUGCUGCGGGGUGCUCGGCUCCUCCGUGUUCCUGUAGUACCGUGCUUCUGUGGAGACUGUGAAUACGUGGAUAAUCCCAUAGCGAUGACGGACCCACUGCCCUCUAUUUAUUUUUCUUGGAGCUCUGUGUCUUUAUUUUAUGGAUUUUCCCCCCUUCCCAGACUCCGGUUCCAUCCCCUCCUCCUUUUCCCCCUUUCCUAUUUUUUGUGAAGUUUACUUCUGGAAGAGUUACACUGUACUGUACAAAUGUCAAAAGUGUCAAAAAAAGCGGACAAAUUUCCUAAAAAUCACUGUAUUAAAAGAAAUGGUGUGAAGAAAUAAAUCGAUGCUGAUCACCGGUC